AUGAGUCGAGCCGCUCACGAAUUGCUUGGUCAAAGCUUGACUCAAUCGAGCUUAAACCGAACUCGAGCGGCUCGUUUAAUAACCGAGCUCGAGCUCGAGCUCAAAUAUUCUAGGCUCCCGACAGCCCAACACCAUCCUUGCGACAGCUCCUCCCUGCCUCCCUGCCGAGUUCCGACCGGCGACCACAAAUCUGCUACCGACGACACCGGAAGACUCCGCGUCUCCUCUCCGGUCUCCGCCCCCGCCUCUGCCGACGAUGAAGUUGCUGCCUACGGCCCCUGCCGAGUGCCCAGGACGAAGUUGCCGACUCUGAACUUAGCCGCCCCUGUGAAGUGUGAACUAAGUCUAGUUAUGUCUACAGAGAAUUCAUCUAUCCAGCAAAAUUCAUACACUUCAAGUAGUGAUGGAGUUUCAUCUUCCAAUCCUACAUUACAUCCUGAAAAGUUUGACAUGGAACUUAUGAGGGAGUCUAUUGCUCAUUGGGUCAUGAUACAUGAACAUCCAUUUACCAUUUUGGAGGAAGUAGGAUUUGACCUCAUGAUGAAACGAGUAAUGCCCGAGUGGAAAGAAAUUAGUAGAAACACAAUUGAAUCAGAUUGUUUGAAAGUUUAUGAGACUGAAAAGAAGAAGUUGAAGAACAAUCUUGAAUGUGUUAGUAAAGUAAGUUUGACAAUAGAUUGUUGGAAAUCAAAAAAUCAAAAGAUUGAGUAUAUGGUUGUUAUUGGGCACUGGAUUGAUUCUUCUUGGAGAUUACAGAAGAGAGUUUUAAGUUUCAUUAACAUUCCACCACCGAUGAGAGGUUUUCUGAUUUCUAAUGCUAUAUUUAGAUGCAUGAAAGAGUGGGGCAUUGAAAAGAAAGUUUUUUCAAUUACAGUUGAUAAUGCUUCAAGUAAUGAUUCUACUAUUCGAUACAUGAAGGAUACACUCCAAAGAUUAAGAAGGUUUGAUGGAUUAGAUGAGAUUCAACACGUCAUUCAAGAUGUUAGAGAUAGUGUAGAAUAUGUGAAUCGGUCGGAGGCAAGACGUAUACAAUUUGCAAACUGUGUGCAAAAAUUGCAAUUGAAAGAUAUGAAAUUGAUCCGUGAUUGUAAAACUAGAUGA